UUACACUUUUCUACAAACGAAAAAAUAAAUGUUGCACCUAAUAACAUUUUCAUUUUUUUCUUGUAUUUAGGUGUAGGGGCCUUAUAUGUUCGAAGAAGACCAAGGGUUAGAGUGGAGCCAAUACAGAGUGGCGGUGGUCAAGAAAGGGGCCUCAGAAGCGGCACUGUACCUGCACCCCUUGCAGUUGGAAUAGGUGAAGCAUGUGCUGUGGCGCAAAAAGAAAUAGAAUAUGAUCAUCGAUGGACUGAAUUUUUAGCCAAAAGGCUGCUUGAUCAAAUCUUUGGUAAACUCACUCAUGUUAUACGAAAUGGAGAUCCGUUGGAAAGUUAUCCAGGAUGUAUUAAUUUAUCUUUCGCCUUUGUUGAAGGGGAAUCUCUCUUAAUGGCCUUAAAAGAUGUUGCUUUAUCAAGCGGUUCUGCAUGCACUUCCGCUUCUUUGGAGCCGUCAUAUGUUCUAAGAGCUAUUGGGGCUGAUGAAGAUUUAGCUCAUAGUUCGAUAAGAUUUGGUUUGGGACGUUUCACCACUAUUGAAGAAGUGGAUUACACUGCUUCAAAAUGUAUUCAGCACGUUACUAGAUUGAGAGAAAUGAGUCCUCUUUGGGAAAUGACCCAAGAAGGUGUCGACAUAAAAUCUAUACAAUGGUCACAGCAUUAAAUUAAACUAAUACAAAAUUGUAACGUUCGAAUUUUAUUUAUUUUUAAAA